UAUAGGAUUCAGUUGUGAUUUGAAACUGGGGAGUCAUCCUUGCAUUCUCAUCGCCUCCAACGAAACUAAACUUAUUCUUUGUGACACACAUUCUCUCUCCUCGUAAGUGCAGGAGCAAUAUCAGCCAAAGAAAUUCGGCGUGUGACCACAUUUUGUCUCAGUUUCUCACAUUGCCAAUUUCAGUGAAAUUCAUCCCCUAAAUAUUCUACUUGUCAUGAAAUUGUCCGGUUCAUAAGAGUUAAGUGUGUAUAUUUACCCUUAGGUUACGCCCUGUAGCCCAGAUACUAUUCCUUGUAAAUGUAUAACUUACUAUGUGUGGAGGCCGCUAGUUUUUUAAUAUCUGGGAAAAAAUCCUUAGCUUUCAAGAACUAUGUAGUAAAAGUAACAAGGCACGACGGCAAGUAAAAAAAUAAUAACAAUAAUUUGACAGUUCAUUAAAAUAAGGCUAAAAUGAUGACACGAAAGCCUACAUUUACACAUGGGAACAAGCAUCACGGGGGUCGUGGCGUCGGUGCCAAGGUUCCCGCAGUGCUUUGGUCACACAUGGGACCGUCCACUCUGCUCCUCGCCCCCACAAGUCAGGCACACCCACACCACCUCCAACUGCCCAUGGGGGCUCGGAAAAUAGUGAAUCCGGUGACAGUGAACGCUCUCAAGUCGUUGGGGGCACGGUGCUCGGGAGGCAACUCGUACCCAGGGUGCACUCUGGGAACGAGUUGUUGUUCUUGUUGCUACUGUUGUUGCGAGGCGGACAAACCUCCCCCUCCAAAUCACUUUCGAUUAAAUAAUAACAACCAUAAAAAUGCAAAUAAUCAGAGAAACUCGAGAUUGAGUACGUGUAGUGAGAAACCGAGGAGACGACGGUCCAGGUCGAGAUCGAGGGAUAAGUUAUCGUCGCAUCAUCCAAAUGGGGCGGUUGUUGCGACUCCGUUUAGGAGAUAUUCCAUGGAUGUUAGGAACCUGAUUGACAAUGAAGGAAGCCAACUUAAUAAACCGAAAUUUGUUCCGGUCACUACGCUGGAGGAUGUGCAAGCUAUCCGAUGUGCUGAAUUUCAUCCGAGAGGAUUUUUGUACGCUGUUGGAUCCAAUUCUAAAUCGCUGAGAAUUUGUGCAUAUCCAGAUACGAAGAGGCUUUCGAAAGAUUCAAACCCCGUUCAGCCCAACGUCCUAUUCAAGAGGAAUAAACAUCACAGGGGUUCCAUUUAUUGUCUCGGAUGGUCUCCGGAUGGCAACCUUUUGGCCACGGGGAGUAAUGACAAAACGGUUAAAUUGACCAGAUUUGAUGACCUCAAUCGUACCGAGCAGUUCAACCAUUCUCAAGAAGUGGAGCUGAGCAUGCACGACGGCACUGUUCGAGACAUUUGCUUUAUUGAAGAUUUGAGCAAUAAAUCAUCCCUGCUCGUCAGUGGAGGUGCUGGAGAUUGCAAGGUCUAUGUGACGGAUUGCGCGACCGGGACACCGUUUCAAUCCAUGUCGGGUCACUCAGCACCAAUUCUAUCCCUGUACAACUGGGGAGGAGCAAUGUUUGCUAGUGCAUCUCAGGACAAAACUAUCCGUUUGUGGGACUUGCGAAGCAGAGGGUGUGUGAGCAUGAUAUCGCCAUUGACGAGCGCCACCUCCGCCACGGCGAAAUCUCCAGUGGGGUCGGUGUGUGUCGAUCCUACGGGCAGACUACUAAUUUCUGGACAUGAAGAUUCAGCCAUCACGUUUUACGAUAUUCGUGGCAGUCGACAGAUUCAGGUCAUCCGACCACACAAUGGAGACGUGCGAUCGGUUCGAUUUUCUCCGCAUGCAUACUAUCUGCUAUCAGGAGGGUAUGAUCAUCGACUCAUGCUCACAGAUUUGCAAGGUGACCUCUCUCUCAACCUCACCUCUGUGCCUGUGGCAUCUCACGAUGACAAAGUAAUUUGUGGACGGUGGCACCCAACAGAUUUCAGCUUUCUUUCUACGAGUGCAGAUAAAACGGCAACUUUAUGGGCUCUUCCUGCUUCAGAUUGAUUUUAUAAUCCGACCAACAGCAGAACGAAAUGAAAUCUCUAAUCAUACAAAAUUUAAAUACCCCCUCAAUCUUCACUAUGUAACAUUUAACAUGAUAACUUUUAUGAAUGCGCCAUACAUAUACCUACAUAAUGUCAAUAAUAAUCAACCUGCACAACUAAUACCUAUGUGGAUGUAUGUAUGUCAAGAACUAAAUAAUUAAGUUUUUCCCAUUUAGUGACUUAAUUUUUUGUGUAUUCUUGUGAAACCUGCUUCAAAUUCUUGUAUUCUAAAUAAAACUUUUACACUAUGUUAUGUCACUACAUAUACCAAUUUGGAUGAAAUUCGAUCCUUUUGUGGAGGAGAAAGUUUCAAAUGUGGAAAACACAAACGAAUUAUUAAGCUUAUUGUGACAAUUAAUAACGAUUUUAGAAGGUGAUUUAAAACUGGUAUUUAGAACAAUCAGUCUUAAUAAAGAUUUAUUUCACAUGAAA